AUGCGAACCCGCAGUGGCAGCUGCGCGCCCUUCUCCGAGUCUGAAAACUGCGAUGCCGGAGCCUGCCCGACCUGCGGUGACUGGUCCCAGUGGAGCUCCUGUGGUGCCAGCUGUGGCGAUUCCACGCAGGCACGCUCACGGAGCGGCGGUGCCUGUGCAUCCUUCAGCGAUUCACAGACCUGCAAUCAGGGAGCUUGCCCUGAACCCUGCGGAGACUGGACACAGUGGUCGAGCUGUUCAAGCACAUGUGGUACAGGAACUCGAGAAAGGUCAAGAACUGGGCAGUGCUCAUCUUCCAACGACGAGUCCGAGUCCUGCACCUUGAGCGCUUGCGACGACGGAGCCUCGACGGCCUCCGUGCCGAACGUGCCCAAUUGCGGCACCUGGCAACAGUGGAGCGGCUGCACCGCCAGCUGUGGACCCGCCAGUCGCAUGCGCUCCCGUGGUGGCGAAUGCCAACCCUUCGUCGAGUCGGAGGCGUGCAACCAACCUGGCUGCUCGAGCCCCAGCCCUCCGCCAAGCCCGCCCAGCCCUCCGAGCCCGCCGAGCCCGCCGAGCCCUCCGAGCCCUCCGAGCCCCACCACGAGUGUGUCAACGACGAGCGCUUUGCCCACAACGAUGGCUGGGACCACGAUGGCUCUUGGGAGACCGGUGACGAAUGUGGUGGAAGUACGCCUCAGAAUCGCUGCGGACUUCAGCAACGCGGCGAAGGACAUCGACGCCUUUCGCGAGAACUUCCGCAGCGGCGUGGCAGAGGUGGCCGGCAUCUCCAAGGAGCGAGUCAUGGUGCGAGGCAUCACCAAGGGAUCCAUCAUUGUUGAUUUCAUGGUCACGGCUGCAGAGACGAUGAGUGACACCUCUGCAGCAGCAGCCAUCCAGGAAGUGGAGCGGAAGGUCUCCGAACCCAAUGCCUGGCCAAACAGCUUGAGCACGUUGAUGGCCGCGGGUGCCACCGUGGAGGCCAAGGCCGUGCGUGAGAUUCAGAAGGACGAGAUCCAGGCGAUGGCCAUCAUGUCCAGUGGGGCAGUCUUCCUGACGCCGCUCGCGGGCUACGCUCCACCGUUGGGUUGCAGCUGCCGACGGGGCGAUGGCGUCACCGCGGGCUGUGCCAAUCACAAGAGCUUGUCUCCACCGUGGCUUGGAGUGGAAGGGGGAGAGGACUUAGGGCUAUGCGGCGACAAAGGUCUGAAGCCAGAGAAAGGUCAGUGGGUUGAUCUUUUGGUGGACCAGUUCUCCUGGAAGAGGGAUCGGCGCGUGGCAAAUCAGUUGGCCAAGAAAAAAUCCCAGGAGGCGAGACAAGAAGCCGUCCGCCGGCGAGUGGUGGAUGGCUCCCAGGAGCUGCGCGUGCUCAAGGAGAAGCUCCAUGCAGCCCAGGUCAAUAAGGUUUGGGCCAAGCAGCUCCUAGAGAAGCAGGAGCGCGAGGAAUUGGAGCUGCAACGCGAAGCGCACAUGGCCGCCCAGAUGCAGGACCUUCGCCUGCAGUCGGAGGAAGUGGAGCUUCAGGACCUCCAGCGGAAGGUCCUCCGAAUGAAGGCAUUGCAGAAGGAGAACGAGGAGCUCCUUGCAGCGAAGAACCAAAGCCAGGAGGCACUGCUGAAUGCUCAGCAUGAGAAGCAGCAGGUGGAGGAAGUGAUGGCCAGGGUUCAGGAGGAAGACCGAAGAGAGAUGGCAGCCAGGGCAGAACGGAAGCAGUCUAUGAUGGAGAUGCUGCUCAAGUGCCGCGAGGAGAACCAGCAAAAACAGCGUGAAGAGGAGCAGCGGAAGGCCGAGGAGGAGGAGAGCAUUGAGGCCUACGCACGGCGGAAACGUGCCAUGGAGGAGGAGAUGGCCCGAAAGAAAAGCGAGCAAGAGGCGGAACGCUGGAGAGUGCAGCAGGCGAUGGUGCGGGAGCAGCAAGAGCGUCAUCGCGAGGCACAGCAGAUGGAUCGCCUACGGGAGGACCUUUGGCGCGAAGAAAGGGAAGCAGCAGACAGGGAAAAGGAGUUGAAGAAGGCAAGGAAGAUCCUGGAGGAUAAGCAGGAGAUGCUGAAUGCUUACCAGGAGCAUGUGGAGCGACAGGAGAAGAUCCGACAACAGGAGAUUGCCCAGGAGCAACAGGAACGGCAAGAGCUGCUUGCCAGAUAUGAAGAGGAGAAUCGGCUCGAGCUGCUCAGUGCCCAAAAGAGGCGAAUGAAGAUGCAGGAGUAUCGCCGGGCCGUGGAUCAGCAGAUGGAGGAGCGUCGGGAGAUCUACGAAGACCAGAGGCGGAAAGAGCGCGAAGAGUUGGCGCGCAUGAAAGCUGAAGAGGAGGAGCAAGCGAGAAUCGUGGAAGAAGAGCGUCAAGCUUUGUUGAAAAAGUUUGCUCCCGACGCCAGGCACUUUCCCAAGGGUGCCUUGCUCAAAAACGCCGACUACGAUGCCGUGGGCCUACAAGCUCCACCGCCUGCUGCGCAGAAGCCAAGGUUCGCCAACAACCUCGGCAUUCCUCCCUAUCCGGUGCGGAGCUUUCAACCCCCUUCUCGAGCUUAA